CUCUAGAGCCCGCCCACACCGCUGCGACGGACGUCGGAGAACUGUGCCCCGGGCUCGCCGGAAGUACUUCCCUGGGCGGAAGUGCCUUAGCACGAUAUAGCGGAAGUGCCUCCUCUUCCGCCCUCUUUGGGGCCUGCCGCGGAAACAAGAUGACGAAAGGGACGUCAUCGUUUGGAAAGCGUCGCAAUAAGACGCACACGUUGUGCCGCCGCUGUGGCUCGAAGGCCUACCACCUUCAGAAGUCCACGUGUGGCAAAUGCGGCUACCCUGCCAAGCGCAAGAGAAAGUAUAACUGGAGUGCCAAGGCUAAAAGACGAAACACCACUGGGACCGGUCGAAUGAGGCACCUAAAAAUUGUAUACCGCAGAUUCAGGCAUGGAUUCCGUGAAGGAACAACACCUAAGCCCAAGAGGGCGGCUGUUGCAGCAUCCAGUUCAUCUUAAGGAUUUCAGCGAUUAGUCACAAUAAACAUCGUGGUUUUAAAAAAAA